AUGUUCAACCCCAUAAAUGAAGUUUCAAUUCUUACAUCCGUUAAGAACAUCCCGGACUCCGUUAGUUCUCUCAUCGAUAUGCCCAACUCAACCCUACUCAUCCGUGCAAUACCACGGAUUACAUUUCGAAACACGUCGUGUACCACUCCGUUGGCAAGAUUCUAUGCCAACUCCACGCAGUCACCGCAAGUGAGCGACCCAGCUUCCACCUCGCCGGAAUCUCAAGCCAUCAACAAAGCUCGAGGCUUGAAAGGUCGGCGUUCCGACCCCGCCGGCUCUACUCAGUCCCCAAUUUCCCCUUCAAACCAGAGGGACCUCGCUGGCGAAACUCACGAAGGUGACGAACCAACGUCACCCGGUGCACAAAUCAAGAACGAUCCUAGUAUGUCCACAGAGGAGAAGAGAAAGAAUGUAGAGAGGGCUGGGCAGAUGCCUAUGGGACCUGAGGAUCGUUAG